AUGGAAUGUAGUUUUUCUUUUUCCUUCUGCAUCUGCUUAAGAUCCGCGGCACCGAACCCGCCUGGAUAUUCAAAUUUAUUGUAUAAUUCGAGACAACCAGCACUCAUUACACCCAGCAUUCGCAUUACCAAAACCAUUACUUUUACUAUUGCAUCAUCAACGAGGAGCCAGAGCUGCCACUUAAAGACGGUAUGGUUCUACUUUUUUUUCAUGCAUGCGAGAGCGCCGAGCGGCGAUUUUCGGAGCAGAAGAAGAAACUUCUUAGAAUUUGGGAGCCAAGAAGAUGAACCGAGAGAAGAAGAACCAGCUCGCAUUGCAUGAAAAAUAAGUAGAUUUUAUUUUACUACGCGAAGAAACGAUCAUGUAACAUUCCGUAGUUUUUGUCACUAUUCAUGUGCGGAUGAAGAGUUGCAAAUUUUAUUUGCGAUUGUUGUCAAACGGAGCACCACAAAGGGCCACUGCUACUUUAUUCAAUUUUUAUGCAACAGAAGCGGAACCGCACCACGACAGUACCUGAACCUGUAAGGAGGAUGUCCUCUACUUGCUGCUUCUACGCCUAGUCUUGUUUUUUCCAGCACGAACGUGAGCGUCUCGUGUACUAUUUCAUCUUACUGGGAAAUAUUUUGCUAUCCCUAGUAACAGCACUCUCAUGUGAGGACGCUCAAAUUGAAAAGCAGGAAGUGUAGACGAGCUAGACAUUGAAGACACUGUCACAGACUCCCAGUCGUAGCCUCACGGAAUUUUUCGUGGAUGAAUCUGUUGCGGAGCCGUGAAUAAGAAUACCGCUGUGGUCCUUUUGUGAUUUGCAACGGAAAUUUUGCUUCAGCUUUACCUAUUUGUAUUUCUUUUCUAUGAACUUUACUAUCUUCUCUACGAGCACCAUCCUUCUUCAUCUGUACCGCGUUUGUAGGAGUUGGAACAUCACACACUUAUUUCUAUUCGUAAAAAUUUUGUACAUUAGCAUCUUACUGUUUGAAAGUCUGAAGCAGAACUGUAUUUUCUUGUUUUUUGUUUAUAUUUACAACAAUCUGAAUUUCACUCGACGACCUAUCGCGACUUUAAUUUAAGUUUUGUUUGAGAG